GUUGUACGGGUGUUGAUAAAAGCCAUGGUCUUUCUAUAAAUAAGUAGUCACUUCCUCCUGAUUUCCACAUUCAUUCACUAUGCAGCCACAGGUAUUGAGCCGGAUCACCUAUAUGCUAUUGCUGGUGCUGUGUGGUGCUCAUGCAGCUUUAGUUGUAGCAGCAAAAAGGUAUCUGACAUGCGAGGGACACUCUACUCAUCUCUCCUGUGAUUAUGGGUACAUAAAAGUCCUCAAUGCUAAUUAUGGGCGCACGGACAAAACGACUUGCUCUGAAAAGAGACCACAUCAUCAGCUGUCAAAUGUUAACUGUUACCAAGAGAGAUCUCUCAAAAUCAUGUCAGACAGAUGUAAUGGGCGGCAGAGCUGUGCUGUUCCUGUAGUAAACUCAGUCUUCUCUGAUCCCUGUGUUGGAAUUUAUAAAUACCUGGAUGUCUCUUAUUUCUGCCUUCCAUACAAGAGAAGUGUAAUCUGUGAAAAUCAGGAGGGUGUAAUAAGCUGUGCGAGUGGAGUGAUAUUCAUCCAUCAUGCCAAUUACGGGCGGCGGGAUCACACCACUUGUCCCCAUAAACUAGCAACUACAUCGCACUGUUACUUCCCUCAGACCUCCAGCUUGCGCUCCAGAUGCAAUGGCAAGAAAUCAUGUAAACUGAGGGCCUCCAAUGAUGUUUUCUCUGAUCCAUGCUAUGGCGUCCACAAGUACUUGGAGGUGACCUACAGCUGUAGCUAUUUUGAAUAAAUGAGACCCUUCACAAUCAUGAAGAUGAAGUUGGACUUGUGACAAUGUGAAAUAUGUUUUUUUUCAAGUCAGCAGUUUAUUUAGUUUUGUAUACAUGUCUGAUUAUGAACAAAAAUAGCUUGUAAGAUAACUGAAGUUAAUUUGAAUAAAAGGGUUUAACUCUUUCAUACCCUUGUUCAGGCCUGGGGCUGUAAAGCUAGCAGUUUAAGCUUCGUAAUUAAUGUAUAUGUCUGAUUAUGAACAAAUAUACUUUGUAAGAUAGUAAUUGGGAUGAUGAUAAAUAAAAGUGUUCAACUCGUUCUUACACUUCUUUAUUUAGUUAGUUAUUAGAAAUGGCAUUAAUCUGAUACCAGGUAAUAGUAUUGGGAUGAUACCAUCAGAAAAUGCUAGACUGGAUGUUGGAAGAAAAAACAAUAAAUCUGAUCCAAUCCUGUAACAAAUCUAGCCUAAAACAGCACAUACUCACAUUGUGUGAUAUGAUGUUGUUAGAUGAUUCAAUAAAAUGAUAAGUAGUUUUUAAAGAACAAAUCUCAGCUCUUUAUCGGCUGAUGCUCAAUAUUUCAAUAUAAGUGCUUAUUAUAUAUCUAUUAUUUGCUAAAAAUUCUAUAACUUACCAUUACACAAUCACAACAUCAGAUGGGUAUACUGCAAUAAUAAAGGCAGACUUUAAUCAUGUUACAUUAUUUGCUCACCGACGCUUUUUAAUAUAUUAAGCAUAUCGAAACCUCAAAAUAUGUACGUAGCAAGAGACCUCUGAAGACUGGUCAGCAGAGAGGA